AUAUAUAAAGUUGAUUACGGCCCCUGCGGUGCAGUAAUUUUGCUUCAAACUAAAGACUUACUAAACAUGAAUUAGCCCAAGUCAAAGAUAUAAUCAUACAACAGACCAAAGAUUCCAGUUCUGCAAUUACAAAUCUUUGCCGUGUUUUCGCACUUCCAAAAAGAAAUAAUAAAAAUUAACUAGUCCUGCCGCCCAUAUUCUUCUUGCUCACUGUUAAGACCCCUUUUUAACAAUGUCAUAUCUUCGAUACAUACAAACACACCCACAGUUUCAAAAUCCCCUAAAAAAUGAAUCAAAACCUCUUCUUCUUCUUCUUCUUAUUCUCCCCAUGGAUAUUGAACCUCUCCAUGUUCACUUUUUUCCUCUUAUUUUCAGACAUUAAUGGAGCUGUAAAUCCAUCUUACCAAGCAUGCAGCAGCAUUCCCAGAACUUGUGGUGACAACCAAACCAUAAGCUUCCCUUUUUAUAUUCAAUCCCAGCAAGAAAGCUUCUGUGGGUACCCUGGUUUCGAGCUCUCUUGCAAUGGAAAUGGCCACCCAAUUCUCAACCUCUCCAAUGACAAUUACAUCAUUCACCAGUUCUCAUACCAAAACCAGUUCCUUCUCGUCUCAAACGCCGCGUUUUCAAACCCACCAGAAUCAUGUAUUCCUCCUCUCCAAAACUUAACGCUUGCCAGUGAAAUGCUCGAGCUUCCAAAACAAAACCAAGUCUUUUUGCUCUACAAUUGCCGCCCACCUAGAGUUCCAAAGUACGAAGUCGGUUGCUCUUCUAAAAACCAAAGCAAUUGGGUUCUCGGUUUGUCUGGGAAUGACAGUGAGCGAGUGGGAAACUUGUCUAGAAGCUGUGGAGAUGGGAUGAAGUUGGUGGUGGCGCCAGUGAAGGAGGAAUAUGUUAAUGGAAAUGAGAGCGGUACUGGCAUAAGAGAAGGAGUGAGCAGAGGGUUGGAGCUGAAAUGGAAAGUGAAUUACGAUUGUAAACGUUGCGAGAAAAGUGGGGGAAUAUGUGGAUUCAAUUCCUCCAUUUCCCUUUACCAAUGCUACUGCAAAGAUAGGCCUCACCGUGUGCGUUGUCAUUAUGACAAUGGGAAAGGAAAGUCAGCUGUGACAGCAAUAGUAGCCUCAACAGUCGCAGGAAUAGCGGCUCUAGUUGUAAUUGUAAUUUGCUGCAUAAGGAAAAUCAAAUUUUAUAAUAAACCCAUAUUCUUUUGGAAGAAACAGAACCAAACGGAUCGAAAUGUUGAGGCUUUUCUAAGGACUUAUGGACCUGUUCAAGUAAGAAGAUACAGUUAUUUGGAUGUGAAGAAAAUGACCAACUCCUUCAAAGAAACAUUAGGCCAUGGUGGCUAUGGUGGCGUAUACAAAGGAUACUUAAAAGAUGGCAGUCCUGUUGCAGUGAAGCUAUUGAUGGAAUCAAAAGGAAAUGGAGAAGAAUUUGUCAACGAGGUGUCAAGCAUUAGCAGAACUUCUCAUGUUAACAUUGUCAGUUUGUUAGGUUACUGUUACGAAAGUCGAAAGAGGGCUCUCAUCUAUGAGUUUAUGCCUAAUGGAUCUCUUGAAAAAUAUAUAUUCAACAAUAAUCAUCCGUUGGAAUGGGAAACACUCUUUCGAAUUUCACUUGGCAUUGCUCGAGGACUAGAAUACUUACAUCGUGGUUGUAACACACCAAUUCUGCAUUUUGACAUAAAGCCGCAUAAUAUUCUUCUUGAUGAAGACUUCUCACCAAAAAUUGCUGAUUUUGGUCUUGCUAGAGUAUGUACAAGAAAAGAGAGUAUGAUAUCAAUUUCGAAUGCAAGAGGGACUGCUGGAUAUAUUGCUCCUGAAGUAUUUUGUAAAAAUUUUGGAGGGGUCUCACACAAAUCCGAUGUGUAUAGUUAUGGAAUGAUGGUUUUGGAUAUGGUUGGCGGAAGAGAGAAUGUUAAUGUUGGAGUUGAACAUCAAACUAGUGAACUAUACUUUCCACGCUGGAUUUACAAGCGGCUUGAGUUAGAAGAAGAACUUGGAUUACAGAGAAUUAUGAAUGAAGUGGAAAGAAUUCAAGUCAAGAAGAUGAUAAUAGUGAGUUUAUGGUGUAUACAGACUGACCCUUCACAUCGACCAGCAAUGAGAGAAGUCAUAGAAAUGUUGGAAGGGAGUCUUGAUUCCUUGCAAAUGCCACCCAAGCCAUUCUCGUCUUCUUCUUCAGCAUCACCAUCUAACUCUUCUACUUUCUUUGCAUAAAUGAAAAUUUUAUAUACAGGUUAAGGUGAUGAACUGACUCUGAUUGGCAGAUGGUUUAUUUUUUUAUUUCAAUCAUAUUUAAAGAAUUUUGAUACGAAAAUACAGAAUUGUAAUACAAAAUAUAGAAUUGUAAUACAAAUACAGAACUGUAACAUGAAAAGCAAUCAGAUGGAA